CUUGCUCAGGCUGGCCUUGAAGUUGUGAUCCUCCUGCCUCAUUCUCCCAUGUGGCUGGGACUACAGGGGUUUGCCGCUAUGCCUCACUGUUUUAUAACAGCUUUCAGUGAACUAAGUGCUUCCCACUCCAACCUCCCUCUUAAAGAUUCCAUGUCACUUCCUGGUACCACGCUGGAGAUCAGGUCCCAAACACAUGGCCCCUGGGGUGCACACACUAAUCAUAUUCAAGCCAUGGCAGGAGGACAGCCUGCCGGUCACAGGCUGCAGCUGGGUGAAGAGCCGAGGCAUGAAGAACAGGCCUUGGGCAUACAUGCAUCUUGGGCAAAAUUUGCCUGGGCUACAAAGGUUUGGAUCCCUGCACUGUGCACAUGGUGGGCUGAGGAUCUAUGGUGGCCAAGGUGCUGCGUCCUCAUAGAAAGUCAGACAGAAUGCCAAGUCACGGCCAGAAGGCUGCAUGGAAAAUGAACAUGCAGAGCAGUGGUUCUCAGGGCUGGCUGAGCUGCUGGUCACCAGGGGCUUUUCAGUUCUAGAACCUCGACAUCAGAAUGUCUGGGCAAGAUACCAGAGAUCCCAGGGGUGUGAGAAACAUUGUUUGGACAGGGAGAGUUGGAUAGGCCUCUGUAACAGGGGUGCAGCAGGAGACGACCACACCAGUACCUGCUACCUUAUAGGGACUGGAGGCCGAGACACACACUUUCCUGGCUAUAGUGUAGCAAGAUCUUCUUCCUGGCUCCCUUGCCGCCCUGUCCCUAGUCUGUGCCAACCACCCCCUUUCUUAGACCUCCCAAAUAGGGUUUCUGGAUUAAAUACAGAAUGCCUGAUGACAUUUGACUUUUGGAUAAACAGUUAACUUUUUAGCUUAAAUAUGCUUCGAAUAUUAUAUGGACAUACUUCUACUUACCAAGUUGUUCAUUACUCAUUUGAAAUUCAAAUGUCACCGGGCAUCUGUACUUCUAGAGAGGAAUGCUGUCCAUCUUGGUCUUGUGGUCUUAAUGUAAUUUCAUUUCAGGGUGUCCUGGCCUUUGAACGCAUCACAGUGUGGGCCCUGGUCCCUUGCCUCUCACUGCUAUUGGUGUUUUCUUCCUGUUGGCUGUGAGAGGCCUCAGUGACCCCUCCCCUCCCCUCCCUUUUGCUUCUCUCUCCUGCUCCACAGAUGGUUUUAUCCAACUUUAAUAUGCUGCUGCAUCUUGUUCUCUGAGACUCAAGGUGCUGUAUUAGUCACCUUUGCAUUACUGGGAUAAAACACUUGACAUCAUUUAAAAGAGAAAAGGGCAAUCUUGGUUCAUGACUUCAGAGGUUUUAGUCCAUGGUCAGUGGGCUCCAGGGUAGAAACACAUGGUGGAAGGGUGUGGCCAAGGAAGGCUGCUCAGCCCAGGGCAAUGGAAAGCGAGAACAGGGAGAGAACCUGAGAGAGGAAAGGGUUGGGGACAGGACAUACCCUCCAAAGACAUGUCCCAAGUUACCGACUUCCCCAGCAAGAUCCCCCUCCUAGUGGCCAUUCAGCUAAUGAAUUCAUCAGUGGAUUAAUCUGUUGAUGAAGUCAGCACCCUCAUGAUGCAGCCACCUUUCUGGGUCUCACCUCUGGACACUGCCACAUUUGGGAUCGAGCCCUCGAUACAUGAGUCUUUGGGGGAAACACUUUAUGUUUCCAGGCCGUGUGGUUGUUCAAUUUCAAAGGUGUUCCCCCAGCCUCUCCAAGUAGUUGUGAUCAGCCACCAGGGGGUGCAGUGGAGUCAGACACCAAGUAAGGACAAAGGAGGCCUCUUUGUGGGUGCUGGAGUUUGGAGGUGAGGGUGCCAGCUGAGGUCUUGAUGUGUUCCCCCUACCUCAGGCAAAGCCUGAGGGGGUCUUUCUGGUCAACCUGGAGAAGUCUGUUGAUGGUCCCCAGCCAGGGAAAGGUCCCCAGCCAGGGAAAGGUGGGAAGCUGCCAGCAUAAUGAACGCCCCCUCUACCUGUUCGGGUAGGCCUCACACAGCAGAAGGGGGCCCUGGGAGAUGGAAACCCCAAUGAUAAGGAAAACAGUGCAUGUGUUAGGGGUAUCUGGCUGGUCUUGGAUCUCUCCAAGGUCAGGGCCAAGUGUGUGACAUGCGCAGCUGGCACUGCAGUCAACACCCCUCUGCAGUGAGGUAGCAGGAAUGCACCUGCGGGACAGGGUGCCUGGAUGGGCAAGGGUGCGAUGGCAGGAGGUCAGAGCAGAGGCUGGCCAGAGAAGAGCUAAGGCCAGCAGGAUGGGAAGGGAGGAAUCUGAACUGUGUGAGAGGUGGAGGAGCCUGGGUUCCCUUCCAGGGGAAAAAGCUCACCCCAGGUGCUGACAAGUCCUGAAAGGAAUGCAGCCAAGGUCAAGGGCAGUCGGAGAGCUUUGGAGUCCAGAUGCUGGGCAGAGCAAUCUCUUGGAUAUUUAAAUAAACUUUAAGAACAUAGAUGCAUAAAAAUGCAUGAAUCGGCAGCUUGAUGAAUUUCUGCAAGCCCCCCCCCCCCCAUAAGCCUUCAACUGAGGAACUAAAUAUGGCCUUCCCAGCAUCCCAGAGCCCGGGCAGCCACUGACCUAGUCCUGACAGGUGCGUUAGAGCUCACUGCGGCAUCUCACAGUCCUGCUCUUGUUCCCUGGCUUCUUGGUGUUGUGCUGUCAUCACCAGUGGCGUUGCAUUUCACGUGGUUUGUUCAGCAGGACCAAUGCUGCUCUGCGCAUAUUCCGUGCUCCUUUCCUGGGAUGGUCGGCAUUUGGAUUGUUUCUGGUUUGCAAGCCAUGAAAAGUGCUGCUGGGAGCCUUCCUGUGCUCUUUGAGUGUUGGUUUUGCACAUGAAGGAGUGGGAUGGAGCCUGCUCCCUCCUAAGAAGGGGCUCGUGCACCCGACAGGACCAUCACGUGGAUUGUGAAAGCUGCUUACCCAGGGCUCAGCAUGAAACAAGGGGUAGGAAUGGCAGCAGGGCAUACAGGCUGCCUAAACAGGAGGGGCCUCUGGGACUUGGGCAAGCUGGCCUCUGAGGGUCAGAGGGUGAGGGGCUGGUGCCAGCUGGCUGGGUAAUCCCUGUGCCUCCAUUGUGCCAGCACUGACAUCCAGCCUCAGCAGAACAGGGACAGCCUGAGCUGCUAAGCCCCACUGGCACUGCCUGCUUGCUGGCGGGGCUGGGGAAUUAGAAAUCUCUGACAGUGUCACGUGCUGCCAGCGGCACCUGCCACUACCUCCUUGAAGCCUGGAGUCCGGGUUCCCUGGUUCCUGGGCCUGUGGAUGGGCCCCUAGGGACACAGGUCCUGUGAAGGGGACAUUGAGGCCCUGCUUCCAAGUCUUGAGUGCUGGGAUUACAGGUAUGCACUACCACAUCCCGCUUUAGGGCCCACUUUGAUUGAGGAGCUUCACCCCCACUCCUCCAGGACUGAGGACUAAGGCUGCCUAAAAAGCUCCUGGCCACACUGUCUUGCACUCAAAGGACCGUAAGUCUCCCUCUGGGCAGGUAAGACAAGCCCCUUGAGCAGCAGUGUGGGAGGCCUGGGCACCCGCCCACCCUGCAGUUGCAGCAGAAGGGGUCAUGGAGGCUCAUGUGCCUUGCUUCCUUGCUCAGUGGCAUUGGGGUGCCUCAGGCUCCAUCAAACCCUGUCCUUCCCUUCCACCACCUCCUGAGGUUCAGAUGCACCAUGAAUUGACUCUGGAGUUCUGGAGGGGCUGUUCUGAUCAUUCUGACUCCAAGGAAAGGAAGAGGGGACCCUCCUCAGUAACAAGGCCACUUCGGGAGCUGGGGCACCGCAGGGAGGCACCAGCAGCGAGGAUGUCCAUGCAGAGCAUCCUCCCCCUGAAACCCGAGGCCCCGAGCCUGCCACCUGGGACCUCAGAGUCCCCAAGCUGCCAGCGGCGCCACACACUCCCUGCCAGUGAAUUUCGCUGCCUCACCCUGGAGGAUGCGGUCAGCGUGUUUGAGAUCGAGCGUGAAGCCUUUAUCUCUGUCUCGGGCAUCUGCCCCCUGUACCUGGAUGAGAUCCGGCACUUCCUGACUCUGUGUCCCGAGCUGUCCCUGGGCUGGUUCGAGGAAGGCCGCCUUGUGGCCUUCAUCAUCGGCUCCCUCUGGGACAAGGACAGACUCACUCAGGAGUCGCUGACCCUGCACAGGCCUGGGGGCCGCUUAGCCCACCUGCACGUGCUGGCUGUGCACCGCACCUUCCGGCAGCAGGGCAAGGGCUCCAUCCUGCUGUGGCGCUACUUACAGCACCUGGGCAGCCAGCCGGCCGUGCGGCGGGCCGUGCUCAUGUGUGAGCAUGCGCUAGUGCCCUUCUAUGAGAAGUUUGGCUUCCAGGCUGUGGGCCCGUGUGCCGUCACCGUGGGCUCCCUCGCCUUCACAGAGCUCCAGUGCUCGCUGCGCAGCCACACCUUUCUGCGCAGGAACAGCGGCUGCUGAGCUGGGCUGCCGCCUGGCCCCAAAAAUGAGACGGUAGCCUGGGGCUCCUCCCAUCCUCCACGUCCCCUUCUCUGCCACCCUAGCCUAGCUGAGCAGGAGGGCAGAUGGCAGUUCCCAGCCAGAAUGGUCGAGAGAGAGGAGAGGGAGAGAGCCCAGCCUUCCAGACAGAGCAGGGAGGCCAUGUCCUCUGUCCACACCAGGCCCCCCGGCCUCCUGCCCUCCAAACUCUGUGCCCAAGACCCAAGACCAGGGUGGGCUGGUAAAUGGGGAUGGUGGGAGGUGUUUUUCAGGUUGCUUCUGCAUUUCCUGCCUCAUCCUGAUGCUCAGGGGCCUCAUGGACACCCCUUCUUGGCCUUGGCCCCAGGCAUGGGGGAGAGCUAGGAGCAGGAUGGGGAGAGGCCAGAGACCUCGUGAUGGGCAGGGAAGUGCGUACAAGGGCCACACCCUCCUGCUAGGGUUCCCUGUGCCUGACCUGCCCCCUCUUCCCUCCUGGCCAUCCCACUGUCCCACAUGGGCUUCUCUGCUACAGAAUAAAGCAGUCGUGUUCCCGG